CUUGAUGCAUCUCGCGUUGACACAGCGGCACUUUGAGAGCGAGCGAGGGGGAGACGGCAUCCGAUGUGUCUUUUUCUGCACAUCACUUUGGAAAUUUGCGCUUGUUUAGUCCUGCUUGAAGCGGUGCUCACCUGCAGGACUGUGUGGCUGCGAGCGGCCGAGCAGCUGCUUUAACAGGAGAAUCAGACUGAUUGCCUCCUCUGAUUUAGCUCUUCAUUGAUUUUGUCGACAUCCCCCUGAUCACUGUCAUGGUUUUCUUCAUUUUCUUCUCUCCUGCUGUUUCAAAGUGACCGGCUGCAGGUGUCUCUGUGCUCCGAUUUGCGCCAGUCAACGCUGGCAAUAUGUAAUUUUGGGAUAGACGCUGCGUUUUUUUUUGGAGAAGUGGACUAUUUCACAGCUGGGAUCCCUUGUGUUUUUCUUUACUCUGUAGACCAGAACAGAUUGUGAUACACCGUGAUGGUGUGGGGCUAUCGGAACUGACAGCAGAGUACAAGCUAUCCUUUGGAAACUGCUUGUGGGACUGGUAAAAAAUGAAAGCUCCCAUUCCUCUUCUGAUCCUGCUUCAUGCCGUUGUGGUCCAUUGCCUGAAAGUGGUGUCGAAGAGAGGCUCAGUGGAAGGCUGCAUGGAUUGGUCAGUGGACUACCUGAAAUACAAGGUGCUUCUGGGGGAACCUGUACGGAUUAAGUGCGCUUUGUUCUAUGGAUAUAUCCGGGCCAACUACACCCAUGCGCAGAGCGCAGGACUUAGCCUCAUGUGGUACAAAAGUGCAGGACACGGGGACUUCGAGGAACCCAUCAGUUUUGACGGCACAAGGAUGAGCAAGGAGGAGGAUGCCAUAUGGUUUCGACCAGCAGAGUUGGAUGAUGUGGGUUACUAUUCAUGCGUAUUAAGGAACUCCACAUACUGCAUGAAGGUGUCCAUGUCCCUCACGGUGGCGGAGAAUGACACAGACCUUUGCUACAACUCCAAUAUGAGGUUAUUUGAGAAGGCAGAGCUAAGCAAAAGCAAAGACAUUACAUGCCCGGGCAUUGAGGAUUAUCUGCAUCCAGGAGUGGAGCCUGAGAUUGUGUGGUACAAGGAAUGCAAGCCAAAGCAGUGGAGACAAACCAUAGAAAGGAGGAAGGACACUCUGUCCAUCAAGGAAGUACGGGAAGACGACAUUGGGAAUUACACAUGCGAAUUACAGUUUGGGAACUUCGUGGUACGGAGGACGACUGAGCUGUCCGUCACAGCUCCCCUGACUGACAAGCCGCCGAAAAUCCUUUCCCCGUCGGAGAGCCAAAUGAGCGUCAUAGAGAUGGCAAUAGGAAGUCCUCUCAACCUGACGUGCAGAGCGUUCUUUGGAUACAGCGGAGACGUCAGUCCACUUAUCUACUGGAUGAAGGGGGAGAAGUUCAUCGAGGAUCUGGACGAGGAGCGGGUUCAGGAGAGUGACAUCAAGACAAUCCGGGAGCACCUAGGGGAGCAGGAGGUGUCCAUCUCUCUGACCAUCGACUCUCUGGAGGAGAACGAUCUGGGCAACUACUCCUGCUACGUGGAGAACGGCAACGGGCGGCGGCAGGCCAACAUCCAGCUCAACAAGAAAGCAGAGCUGAUGUACACUGUGGAGCUGGCCGGAGGUCUGGGAGCCAUCCUGGUGCUGCUCAUCUGUCUGGUGACGCUCUACAAGUGCUACAGGAUUGAGCUCAUGCUCUUCUACAGAAGCCACUUUGGCAGUGAGGAUAUAGACGGAGAUAACAAGGACUACGACGCUUACCUGUCCUACACCAAAGUGGACCCGGACCAGUGGAGCCAGGAGACCCGGGAGGAGGAGCGCUUUGCCCUGGAGAUCCUCCCCGACGUGCUGGAGAAGCAUUAUGGGUAUAAACUCUUCAUUCCAGACAGGGACUUGAUCCCCACAGGAAGUUUCACCAAUGAUCAUUUCCAGGAUGACACAAGACUACUUAGAGCCUACAUCGAGGACGUAGCGCGCUGCGUGGACCAGAGCAAGCGCCUCAUCAUCGUCAUGACACCCAGCUACGUGGUGCGGAGGGGGUGGAGCAUCUUUGAGCUGGAGACGAGGCUGCGCAACAUGCUGGUGACCGGCGAGAUCAAGGUCAUCCUGAUCGAGUGCGCCGAGCUGCGCGGCAUCAUGAACUACCAGGAGGUGGAGGCCCUCAAACACACCAUCAAGAUGCUGACGGUCAUCAAGUGGCGCGGGCCAUCCAGCAACCAGCUCAACUCCAAGUUCUGGAAGCAGCUGCUCUAUGAGAUGCCCUUCAAGCACAUGGAGCCCCUGAGCAUCUCCCACGAGCAGGUGCUGGAUGUCAGCGAGCAGGGCCCCUUCGGCGAGCUCCAGACCGUCUCGGCCAUCUCCAUGGCGGCGGCCACCUCCACCGCCAUGGCGACGACGCACCCGGACUUGCGCUCCACCUUCCACAACUCUUGCCACGCCCAGAUGAGGCAGAAACACUAUUACCGUAGCUACGACUACGACAUGCCACCCGGCGGCACUCUCCCGCCGCUGCCGCCGCUCGCCACGCUCGGCAGCCAGCACACCUACUGCAACAUCCCCAUGACGCUCAUCAACGGACAGCGGCCGCAGUCCAAGUCGCCGCGCCAGCAGAGUCUGGAGGAGGCCCACGGCAACAACGCCAUGCUGCCACUGCUGCCCAGAGAGACCAGUAUAUCCAGCGUCAUCUGGUGACAGAGACGGCGCCGAGCGCGAUGGACUGUGGAUCUAUAUGAUGUCCGUCACAGGGAGGACUCACAACUGGCACUUGGACCCUGAAUGCACCGGAGCCAGGUGGACCUGAAAGACACUAAGCUACUUGCUGCUGUUGAAUUUGCACCAGGAAACAUCAGGGGAGCGGAGGGGAGGGACGACAGGGCGUCAGACACACUUGACUCUUUGGGGGUGGAGGAGGUGGCAGAUUUUUGUUUUGUUUUGGUCCAAUAACAGCUUUUAUUGAAUAUGAACAAGAAAAAAAAGAAACAAGGAGAACUUUUUUGUAUGCCUGUAUAAACACUCACGUAACACAAGCCAACACCUAUGAUCAUUUACCCAGAAGGUUCAAGGAAUACAGGGUCCUGUACAUACGUUUUUCUAAUUCUUUGUAGCAUCAGUGUUUGGGACUUGUUACUACUUAUGUUUUAUCAUCAGUUGUUUUUUUGUUUUCAAUUUGUUUUGUUUUAGUUUGUACAAAAGUGAAGCAAUGGCCUGUGAGAUGUUUUGGAUAAACUGUUGUUAUCUUUCUCUUAAUUUGUUGGCUGGUGUAGUUUAUAAAGCUUUGGGUUUUUUUCGGGGAGGGGAUCAAAGUCGCAGCCUUCGGGAGAUGAGAACGAUUUGGUUUGUAUUUCAGGAGUUUCAUCUCCACCGGCUGCUGUAAAGGGUUGAGAAUCUGGACUCAACCAGAAUAUGCAAAAAUAUGGAGUCCAGAGAGCAGGGACACGAUGGGUUUCACAAAUGGAUCAUAUUCAAAUGCUUGCGGAAAAGUAAUAUCUGUGAAGGAGGAUAUGAAGAAUAUGGUGCUAGGCUUCACGUCUCUGUUUCUCUCACGAUAACAUUUACUUUAAGGAAAACAAAAAAAAACGGCCUUGCUAUUUACCUUAACAGAUGAUUAUAUCACCUAAAAUGAAUUAUGUGUAUUAUUUUCUGAAAAAAAGAAAAGUCUAUUUUUGUAACAGGGAUAUUUGCUUAGAGAUGUUAUAACUAUAAAGUUUCAGAUCGAAGGAAUUGGGGAAACAUAAUAAAAAAUAACAAUGUUUUCUUAUGUGGAACUGCACAGCUCACGGAAAUCAAUAGGUCAUUCACUAAAUGUCAUAUUACAAGAGAAAAAAACACUUUGUUGGUUGUUUUCGUCAUUAAAAAGAGGAGUUUUGACAUUUCAAACAAACCACGGAUUGCAGCUCAGCAGGCUUUUUAUGUUGGUUGAUUUCACAGGCAUCGCAGCCAUUCACAGUUGAUUUAACAAGGACGGCGCUGCGCUAUCGACAAUGUCAGUAUGGAUGUCAGAUGGAGGAGAGGGAAGCCAUGACGUCCAGUGUCACCUGAAGCAUUUACUCUACCUGGCUUCCUCUGAAGGACCAAACAAGGCUGUCCAGGGCUAAACAAGUAUCUCUGUUAUUCAUUUCCUCUCAAAUGACAGCUCGGUUAUUUUGUCUGCCAUUCCCCUUGUCAACGGAAACGAUUUAUCAGUUGAGUGGCGCUCUCCAGUAAAUGAAGUAUGGCUUUCACAUCUUGGUCCUGAACACUGAGUUCACUCUGGCACUGGUGUGGUGACGGGACGCAGAGUUUCAUUUCAAAACGAGUCUGAAAACAUCUGAAAGCCCAGAUAAAGCUGUUAAUGUUCAGUUAUUGACAUUAAAAAGUAACAUUUUAGAGGACGUAAUCAAUUGUAUUUCCAACCUACUGACCGAUAAUCAUCAUGGGUGGUGGAGUCUCCUCAAAACCAAUAGCCUUUUAGAAAGAAACCCAUCCAAAUAAGAUGUAAUUAAUGCUAAAGAGAGACAAGAAUGUAUUUAAAAAUACAAAUUAAAUCCUGGAGUUUAUGUAACCAUAAAUGCUACUUAGAGCAAGUUAGACCAAAGCAAGCUUCAGUGAAGUCACAAUCUCAAUCACAAAAUGGUCCUCUUCUUUUCCUCUGAGGGAAGCUUCCAUCUCGAUCGGUACGAUUUCAUCAAAUCAUACGAAACAAGAGCUAUAUCCACGUAUCCACUCAGACCUGCACUCACUCCUGCAGCUGUGCCAUAUUAUUUGUUUUUCAAGACACUAACCUCAUACUAAAAUACCUGCAGCAUCUCAUCACAUAGAGAUGUUUCAUUUAGUGCCAUAAAAUAUGCAAAGUGGUGAACUUGUAAACAAUAAAUGAAAAAUAGUGGUUUGCCCCCCGAUUCAUCUUCUUGCAAUCUUCAGUUGUAAAAAUGAAAUAUUUCAGAACAGGCCUGUGUUGGUUUUCAAGUGCUGGAUGCUGACAAAUUUGCAUUGGAAGGAGCAGUUCUUUAUUCGAGGUCUUUCAAUCAAUCAAUAGUUUGUUAGAGCCAGGCCUGUUUUUAUCCAGUUCAAUCCUUCCUUAUGAAAAGUAAGAUAUGGAUUACAUUCAAAGAGCAGCAUUCCUGAGCGGAGGCGUUGGUUGUGCUCUAUGACAUGGCAUUGUGUAAAUAUAAUCAAGAUGAUAGCGGGAUAUUAAGAUGAAGACAAUCGAGCCAUAUUCAUGAAACCAACGGUCAUUAUUCACAAGGCCUCUCAAAGCAGAAAUACUAAUCCUGACUGGUUAAUGCGUAGAAUCGAUGAGAUUGUGACAGGAGUUUGGCGUCCGCGCUCCUGCUUUGGGAAGCUGUGUGAACACAAACAUUUUUCUCAGUGGGCCGGUACACAGUUUUGUUUCAUGAGGAAUUGGAACAUUUGUGGCGACGUGAAGAUGAAGAUGAUGAUGAUGAUGAAUAACAAUGACAAUAUAUAGCACAGAAUUAUUCCAGGCACUUUCACGACUCUUGAGACGACGUCUCUCCUGUUUCUGAUUUAUUUUCUAUUAUGUAUCUGCAAUGUUCAUUAAAAGAGAUACUGUUGUUAUUAAUAAAACCACAUUUACGGUGA